UAUAUUUCUCUCCAAACUCAAACAAAAUUCACAUUUCCUCAAAAAAAAAAAAAAAAAAAAAAAAAAUCUCAUACAUCUUCUUCUCAUGUCUUCGAUUAGUGCUCCGAAUUCCAUUAACUGCGUUAGCCUCGGCUACGGCAUAGCCGUUGCGGUUAGUGUUUUCCUUCUCAUUUUCAUAAUCGUACUUGCUUCUUACAUUUGCGUCCGAUUCAAAACUUGUUCCGACGGAGAAGAAGAAGAAGGGCGGGAUGGCUUAGGGCAAUUUCAAGAGCCCGUAAUCAAGAUAGUGUUGGGCUUGGAAAAGCCCGUUAUAGAAACGUACCCCGUUAUUGAACUGGGCCGGAGCAGGAGACUGCCCCGGCCCAAUAACGGCCCGUGUUCGAUCUGCUUGUCUGAUUAUUGCGUGAAGGAGAAAAUAAGGUGUUUGCCGGAAUGCAACCACUGCUUCCAUGCGAGAUGCAUUGAUGAGUGGUUGUUAGUUAACGGGUCGUGCCCUCUCUGUCGGAAUUCUCCGGCCGUCACUCCGUUAUCGAAGUUUGUACCGCUAGCUAAUUAUCAUUCUAGAUGACACUUUUUAUUUAAUUUUAUUAUCAUUUAUCGUAUAUUAAUUAAUUAAAAUUUUCAUUCUGGUAGAUAUAUCACAUAUAAUUGCAUUUGCAAAAGUGAAAAUUUGUGUUGGUAAUAGGACUUAGGUCAAUGCAUGUUCAAUCAUAUUUCUUGGCGCAAUAAAUGUUGUGUAUGUGACAACCUAACAUAUUCUUCGUUGUAACAACUUAUUCCAUGGUUGGCAUGAAUGUAAUGGAGAUGAAUGGCCACGUAAUUUCCACGUCA